AUGAGGCAACUGCUAUCAGUUGGAAUGGAUGGCCCCAAUGUGAAUUUCAAGUUGGUGGAUCUACUCCAGAAAGAACAUGCAGAGCUCUAUGGAGGUGCCCAGGUUGUCACAGUUGGAAGCUGUGGACUUCACACCGUCCACAAUGCUUUAAAGGCAGGCUUUACUAUGUGGCAGUUGGAAAAACUUCUGCGAGCCAUGCACUUCCUCUUUCAUAAUGUGCCUGCCAGGAGAGAAGAAGGUGAUGGGCUGCACAAAAGGAUCCUUUCAUUAUUGCAAAACUCCAUUGCAAGAACUUUCAACCCCUUCUUGACAAAAUUCCAAACUGAUGAGCCAGUGUUGCCCUUCUUGGCCAAAGAUUUGACUGAGCUGCUGAGGAGUUUACUGAGGCGGUUCGUUCAACGAGAGCUCACCCAGGACCUCACACCCCUGCAGCUGAUCAAAAUAGAUCUAACAGAUGAAAAGAACUUGGUCUCCCCAAAGAGUGUAGACAUAGGCCUGGGAGCAGAAUCUGCUAUCAAGGAACUUCAGAGCAAACCAGGAUUCAAGGUUGGUGAGCUUUCUGUGCUCACCUUCAGGCGAGAAUGUUUGCAGGGCCUGAUUAAAGUUGUUGUGAAGCUACAGGAGAAAAGCCCCCUGAAAUUCCAAGUGGCCAGGCAGAUUGCAUGCUUGGACCCUUCAAGAAUGCACAGAGAUCCCGAUUGGUGCAUCAGACAGAUGAAAGGAAUAGUGCAAACAUUCCUCCAGGGCAAACAUUUGGCAGGUGGCAUACCAGCUGGUGAUGUAAUCAUUCAGCAGUUUACAUCAUUGCUGUCUCUUGAGGGCAGAGAUGAACAAUUCCGCUCUUUCCAGCCUUUCAAGCAACGUGUGGAUGUGUUUCUACACUUGACCCUCAGCCCAUACUACAUGGACCUGUUGAGAUUCUGCCAGAGCCACUUGCCAUACAAUUUUAUGCCCACAAGUUCAUAUUAGGCCUAUAGCACAAGUGCAAACAAUAGUUCACCAGUUCAUAGAAGAUGCCUGUUUGUG